AUGUGUCUAUACAAGAACAGUCACUGGUUCCUGGGCCAAGUCCUCAACCAGGUCAAUGCCAAAACCCCGAUGGAGAUGUGGGUCAAGUGGUCGCAGGAGCACCCUGAUGCCCCGCUCAUCCGGUACAUGAGCUUCGCGAAUACCGAGAUGGUCCUGGUCAACAGCCUCGAGGCGCACCGCCAGGUCCUGCAGGUGCAGAACAAUUUCAUCGAGCGGCCGAACGCCGUCAGGCGGAUGAUUGGGCGAUUCGGCGGCGACGGGCUCACCUCUUUCGAGUUCGAGGAUUACCGCGCCCACCGGAAGAUGCUUGGCGGCUGCUUCACGCCUGACUGUCUUCGGAGGCUCGAGCCCGUGUUCAAGGAGAAGGCUGUCCAGCUGACUGACUUCCUCGACCGUGCUAUCGCUGCAUGUGGGGGUGAAAGUGCUGUCAUCGACUGCACUGAUGCCUGCAGCCGGUACGCCUUGGACAUCAUCGGGCGCGCCGUCCUGGGAGUUGAAUUCUCGUGCCUUGAUGAUACGGUCUUUGAUCAAUAUGCCAAUCCCGUCCCAGGAACGCAGCCCUACGGUUUCCUGGACGCACAUGAUGCGAUAUUCGGGCCGGACAGGAUGGGAAAGAUCUUCUCGUUUCUCGACGCCAUGUACCCCAUCCGGUGGCUUCCAUGUCGUACCAACACCAAGUUCCUGAAGGCCACUGGCUGGACAAGGAAGCAAGAAUUUGGGAAUCCUGAGAAGACAGCAGAGGAAGCGAACUGUGACGACACAUCUCGCGAUAUUCUGUCAUUCCUUUUGGAGGAAAGCAGGCCCGGAGGAUAUGCCGAGGGUAUUAAAGACGCGAACAUCGUUGGACACGUAAGUCACCGUUCCCUCUACCACCCGGUUGUUCUAGACAAGCUGUUCUUACAAACAAAACAGCUUCUGAUCCUGAUGGCCGGUGGACACGAAACCACCGCACACACGUUGGCAUGGUGUACUCACACCCUCGCUACCAGACCAGACAUUCAGGACCGUCUGAGGGGCGACCUCCUUGGCCUGGCCACAAAAGACCCAUCGUUCAGCGACAUUGAUGCUCUUCCUUAUCUAAACAACUUUGUGCACGAGGUGCUCCGUGUCUAUCCACCAGCCGUCUGGACCCCUCGCCAGGCCUACCGUGACCUACAAAUCUGCGGCACCCACAUCCCCAAGGACACGCUAUUCGAGAUCGUUCCGUCAGUGGUCCACAUGAACCCGCUGAUCUGGGGCGAGGACGCAGCCGAGAUCAACCCGAGCCGCUGGGAUAGCAUCGGCACCGGGGCCAAGUAUGACCCCCGCACGUCACCGUUCGCGUUCGAGGCAUUCACCAACGGCCCCAAGACCUGUAUCGGCAAGAAGGCCGCCCUCCGUGAGAUAAAGAUCGCUCUGUUUGAGAUGGUCCGCAGGUACCGCUUCCUGGCUGUUGACAGGGAGGACGGGGUUGAGCCGUUUACCGUAGAGACUCCGGGAAUUGUGUUGCGUCCCAAGGGGAUGAAGGUGAGGGUGGAGAGGAUUGAGGGCAAGUGA